AUGAGGGCUAUCGUGGCGUUGGUGGUUGGCUUAGCCAGCUUGGCUGCGGCGAAGUUGGACUACAAUAACUUAGGUUCAAUGGACAUGUCUCAGAAACAGAUGCUCGUUAUGAAGCUGCUCAAUCGGGUGAUGGAGCCAGUUAUGUACAAGGAAAUCGAAGAGAUCGGCAAAAGUUUCAAGUUUGAAGACAACAAGGAUUGUUUCUUAAAACCCGAAGUCGUGAAGGGUUUCGUGAACAUGGUCCAAUUUGGCCUCUUACCUCGGGGUGAAAUAUUCACUCUAUACGUAGACCGUCAACUGAAGGAAACCGUGACAAUGUUCUACAUGCUCUAUUACGCAAAGGACUUUGCCACAUUCAUUAAGACCGCCUGCUGGAUGAGACUCAAUGUAAACGAGGGGAUGUUUGUGUACGCCCUCACCGUUGCUUGCAGACACCGCGACGACUGCAAAGGAAUCGUAUUACCCGCUCCCUACGAAAUUUAUCCGUACUACUUCGUACGCGGCGACGUUAUACAGAAAGCCUAUCUCCUCAAAAUGAAACAGGGUUUACUCGAUAAGAAGCUUUGCGAUUUUUAUGGCAUUAAAAAAACCGAAAAUAACGCUUACGUUAUCGACGAGAACGUUUAUGACAAUCGUGUGUACCUGAACGACGAAGACAAACUGCGUUACUUCACCGAAGAUAUAGAUCUUAACACUUACUAUUACUACUUCCAUGCAGAUUAUCCGUUUUGGAUGAACGAGCAGAUGUACGGCAAAGUUCGAGGCUAUGAAUUGACGCUUUAUAUGUACCAGCAAAUACUGGCGAGGUACUACAUGGAACGUCUGAGCGUCGGAUUAGGUAGUAUUCCUGAAUUAUCUUUCAACAAACCAAUAAAGAAUGGAUACUGGCCAUGGUUAAUGCUGCACAAUGGCGUGGAAGUGCCUGUGAGGUUUAACAACUAUUCGCCCGUUGGAGAAAACGAUGCUGGCAUGGUUCGUCUUAUUGAGGACUAUGAAACGAUUAUCAGAGAAGCAAUCAUAAAAGGAUACGUCGAGAUGAAUGGAAUGAGACUCGAACUCACCAAGCCAGAAGACAUUGAAGUACUCGGUAAACUCAUCUAUAGCACGGUAGAUAAGGUCGACGAGGGUGUCAAGUGCGUUGAAGCUUACCGCUACCUUCUAAUUAUCAUGAAAUCGGUUCUCGGUCUUAAUACUUUGGAAUCUGACAAAUACUUCGUUGUGCCAAGUGCACUGCAAUCAUACCAGACUGCUUUGCGUGACCCGCUAUUCUAUCAACUACAAAAACGUCUUAUCGAUUUCGUUUACUUGUUCAAGAAACGUUUACCUUGUUACACGAAAGAGGAACUCUAUUUCCCUGGUGUGAAAGUCGAAAAUGUAGUUGUUGAUAAACUCAUAACUUACUUCGACGAAUACCUGAUGGACAUGAGUAACGCAGUCGUACUGAAUGAAGAAGAAAUGAAGAAAGCAUCUUCUGACAUGAAUUUCUUUGUACGCAAAAUCAGGCUCAACCAUCAGCCUUUCAAAGUAUCUGUUGACGUUAUGUCUGAUAAAUCAGUGGAUUGUGUUGUGAGAAUGUUUUUGGGACCGAAAGAAGACCAAUUCGGAAAUAUGCUGGACAUCAAUGACAACCGAAUAAACUUUGUCGAAAUCGAUUCCUUCGUUUACAAGUUGACCGGCGGGAAAAACACGAUCACCAGAAAAUCUGGAGACAUGAACAAUUUAGUGCCUGAUAGGAUCAUGACUCGUGAUAUGUUCACAAAUUUGGAAACCAUCAGAGAAAACAAGUUGCCAACAUUAAUGAAAAACCAUAAGACCGGUUUUCCUACAAGAUUAUUGCUGCCCAGAGGAAAAGCUGGUGGUAUGAAAAUGUUGCUUUACGUCAUCGUAUCGCCUUUAAGGAUGAUGGAGAAUGCUGACUUGUCGAUGUUCGAAUCGAAGAACUGCGAAUCGUGCAUGAACUGUAGAUGGGCCGCGCUACUCGACAAAAUGCCUCUCGGUUUCCCUCUGGAUCGUGAAAUUGACGUUCCCAACUUCUACACAUCGAACAUGAAGUUCGUUGACGUGAUGAUUUUCCACAAGAAACAGACCUGCGACAUGAAAAUGCGAUGGGACCGCUGGGUGCUCAGAGAUUACAACUUAAUGAACAGAAUGCCGAUGCAGUCUGAAACUUAUUCCCUUGAUAACGAAAUGAACAUGAAAACGAAUAGCAAUCAACUCAACUACCAACAUUAAUUAAUUAAAACCAA